UUAUAAUCUGCAUAACGUAUGUUGUCUGUGGAUCUUCUUUGGACAAUUCUUUCAAAAGUGUCCCUCAAAGUAAACUGAGGGCUGAUAGUGCCUAAAAAUGGGUCGUGUGAUUCGUGCUCAACGUAAAGGUGCCGGUUCUGUCUUCGUAUCACAUACGAAGAAAAGGAAAGGAGCUCCCAAACUCCGCUCCCUAGAUUAUGCCGAACGUCAUGGUUAUAUCAAAGGUGUCGUUAAGGAUAUCAUCCAUGAUCCCGGAAGAGGUGCACCUCUGGCUGUCGUUCAUUUUAGAGACCCUUACAAGUUCAAGACUCGUAAAGAACUUUUUAUCGCGCCAGAAGGUCUCUAUACCGGCCAAUUUCUGUACUGCGGAAAAAAAGCAACCCUGGAAGUUGGAAAUGUAAUGCCCGUUGGAUCCAUGCCUGAGGGUACAAUUGUUUGCAACCUGGAAGAGAAGAUGGGUGACCGAGGUCGGCUCGCUCGUGCUUCAGGAAACUUUGCCACCGUUAUUGGCCACAACCCUGAUGCCAAACGUACCAGAGUUAAGCUUCCAUCUGGUGCAAAGAAAGUCCUACCCUCAAGCAAUAGGGGCAUGGUUGGUAUUGUUGCUGGAGGUGGACGUAUUGACAAACCUAUCCUGAAGGCAGGUCGUGCAUACCACAAAUAUAAGGUUAAGCGUAACUGCUGGCCAUAUGUACGAGGUGUGAGCAUGAACCCUGUGGAGCAUCCUCACGGUGGUGGUAACCACCAACAUAUUGGUAAGGCUUCCACAGUGAAGAGAGGAACAUCAGCUGGUCGCAAGGUUGGUCUGAUCGCUGCGCGCAGGACCGGAAGAAUCCGUGGUGGAAAGACCGACACAAAGAAGGAGACAUAGAAUGUCUUAACUGUACACUAAAUAAAAAAUUUAAAACCA